CGAAUAUAACUGAUCUAUUUUGGCGACUCUGGAUCAAAAUGUACCGUCGUAGUUCAUGAUGAAAAAGGCCUAUACUCAAGACAGGGAAUCAAUUUGAGCGAAAUGAAUAUUGUGAACCAGUUGAUCACUCAACGUCUUAUCAGGUAGAGCCUGCAGCAAUUAAAAGCUUUAAAUUUGGACCAUAAAACUUCCGUCUCUGAAAUCUCUCCAGGCUCUUUCUUGCAACCAUGAUUUUCUGAGCAAUCAAAAUGCUGCUGACGUCAUAUAAGGCACACACCUUUCAGCUAGACAUCUCCAGACCUUUGUUCUGCAUUUGAAGACGAAGUUGAGGGAACAAAGUUGUCGCCAUGUCUCGUAUGGAGAGAAUCAUGGGGAUACCCCAGGAGAGCAAGAAACCUUCAUCACUGAAGUAUCCACGUGACCCGCCAGGCCCUCGACACAUCAACAAGCAGGCCGCCAUUGACAUUGCCCGCAAACUCAAACUAACGACCAUCGGGAAAGUCGGGCUUCGGAUCACCAACUCCACCAGCAUCGACUCCGAGAUGAUGUCCAAGUACAAUAACCAGGAACAGACCAAGGAAGUUUCCCAGAAAUCCUUGAUGGAUCGCAGGAAGGGCUUGGAGAUGGCUAGGAAUAUCGUAGAGAGUCGCGUUGGUAAGUGCAUCAUGGAGACAAAUGAUUACGAGGUCAGACGCUUCAAUCGCGAGUAUGAGAAACUCUUGGAAAACGAGGAUCAGACUAAACGACUGAUGAUCCAGAAGAAGCGAGAGUUUGUUCACCACAAGCAGAAGGUUGAUCAGGCGAUGAACCUGACCAGACGCGAUGGUAGUCGAUCGCCCAUGGCCCCAACAAGCGAUACUGAUCGCCCACAGCUUCCUAAUAUCUAUCCAGUAGGAGCGGUGCGUCAGCAGACGAGGGAUGUUUCAUCCAGAGAGGAUCAAGUGGUAGAGUCUAGGAGAAGGUCACCAGGGUACAUGCGCCCUCUGAGCUGCACCAGGGACAAAUCGCACGAUUCCGCAGUGGGUGAAACUGAACGAUUCUUGAAUAGCCCGUACAUGAGAGCGUGCAUCAGCAAUAUCAACGACGAGGAAGCAACGAACCGUGUUCUGGAAGGAAUCGAAGAAGCGAAUGAAGCGGAAUCCCAAAGGGAUUCGCUGCCAAAAUCGCGCGCAGCCUCGGCGAAGGGUGAACAAACAGCUCAGAAUAGGUUAACUGAUGCUCCUGAUGAUAAACCUGAUACGCAUUUUGAGACUAAUAGAUCACCCAGUCGAAAUAUGUCUUUCAUGAAACAUUUGUUGAUUGAACAGGUUAAUGAAAUGAAAGAAACUCCCAGGAGCAAGCCAUCAUCUAGAGUCAAUUCACCAGCACCUCCGCGACCAGAAGCUUCCGCAAAUCGGGAUCACGAAUAUCCAAGAGAUUCUGUUGAUAGCAGAGUGGCCCCAAAUCCUGAUCCUAAUACAAGUCAGGAAGGUGGCGAACAGAAACCCCCCAGCCGUGGAAAGUUCUUAGUAGAACUAAUCAAAUCAGAGUCUUUCACAAAUCCCGAAAGUCCUGCAAUAUUAGUGGAAAGUUUCAGGGCAGAAGGAGACAGAAGCGCAACUCCCGGGGGCACCAAGAUGGCAUCCUUUUCGUCCAUUGCAAAGAGACUCAAGGGCGGAAAAGAUGGCGGUGCGGAAUCUCCUGAUGAUGGUAGUAAAAAAUCAAAGAAACAGUCCGCUAACUCGCUGACAGUUGCAGCUCAGAUUGCGCUUCUGAGGACGCGGUCAACCUCACGUAAUAAGAAACGGCGUGCCAAGAAGAUUGCAAGCAUGAACGCCCGCAACGUAAAACUAUCGGAUAGAACAGAUUUAAUGGCAGAUCCGCGGUUUACCCGCCUAGCCGAUUCACUCAUUCCGGAUUCUGGCGGAUCUACUGACCUUUAUCAUUCCAAAGGAAAGUUUAGCUUACCUGACCAUGUCGCUGCCGGUUUCAAGUCGAAUGCGUCGAGGACCAAAGACAGCAAGUUCAGACAAUCAAGAAAUUUGCACAAUUUGAUGAGAUUCGAAGAACUGUUAGAUUCUCUUUGAAGGCAGCCGUUCCUUCGCGUCGGUUUCGAGAAUAGGGUUGCAGUCAACACACUGCUGUGUGACGAUAACAUCUGUCUCUUUCUAAUCUUCAGACGGUUUGAUCGAGAUGUACGGCUGUGAAUUACAGUCAUUCUUACGGUCUCACGGAUCUCCCUAAUCAUCACCACCAUCAUCAUCUUCGUCAUCAACAUUCACCAUCAAGAUCACCACCAUCAGAACCAACUUCCUCAAUAUACCCAUUAUCAUUACCAUCA